CGAAUGUGUCAAAAUAUACAUGUAUCGCCGUCACCAAAAUAUUUAACGGUGAAAUGACGUGAAGUAAAAGAAAUUGCACGCAUUUAAGUGACAAAAAACCGGCAAGAAACAUGUUAACUACGGACGAUUUUUCGCUGGACGAUUACGUCUUCAAAAGUUCCCCGGAAUCAUGCAAUUCCUACAGCGAUCAUUCGUAUUCCACAGAUUGCAUGGACGUGGCCUGCGACGAGGACUUUUUAACGCAAUUAUCGUCCGAUUUGAACAUACCGCUGUUGCUCAAUCAAGGCGAGGACGAGCUGAGCAUCCUGAAUUCCCUGUUGUUCGACGAAAACCCCGAGGAAAUCCUACCCGAACCCACGGUAGACGUUAGUAGAGAGUUACUAGACCUCCAGAAAUUAGAUUUCAGCAAAUGGCCUUCGAACGGUGUGAAAAACGAGCCGGUCUCGCCUCGCUCGAGCAAAUCCAACUCCCCCGUUUGCCCCGACGCUCCGAUUAUCAAAGAAGAAAUCGUACCCAAAUCGCCCCCCGCGUCCCCUAUAAUAGUAAACAACGUAAACGAAUUGCCCAACAACGUCGUAUACCCGGUCAAAAUCGUGCAAAAACACGUUCCGAUCGUACCGAAAACCCCCUACCCGCUGCCCAUCAUCAACAAAAACAACCUGGUAGUCCUGAACGGGGACCUGAAACCUGUUGUCACGCAGCCACCGAACGUCGUGCUCAUGGAUAACUUGAUUUCCAGCGUGCCCGUCACGAAACCGGUGACUGUAUCGUCUGUACUGUUGGAGGCCAAGAACCGGUUCACUUUGAACGGCCGGAGCAUCGAUCCGAAGAUACUGAAGAGGCAACAGAGGAAGAUUAAAAACAGGGAAUCGGCCAGUCUUUCGAGGAAGAAGAAGAAGGAUUACGUUACUUCGUUGGAGGAGCAAGUGAAAGAGUUGACCAGUUUGAAUAAACGAUUGCAAUCGGAAAAUAUUCAGCUCAAGGAGAAACUCGCUCAAUACGAAAUAAAUCCGCUCAACAUAAAUGGAAGCAGAUCCAUCAAACCGAGCUUAUUUUUAUGUAUUUGCUUGAUAGUAUUAGGUUUAAAUUUUAACAUAAUGAGAAACCCAUUCAGUGUUAAGACGCAAGUAGAUGACCCGUUGCCUUUAUUGAACGGCCACCACGGGCGCAGUUUAUUAUGGACGACUGAUGAUGUAAACGACAAAGAAAACAAAACGUCGGCCUUUUCGAAAUUUUUCAUGUGCCCCGCGACGAUAAAUCAAACCGAAAGCGCUCGAUUAGUGCUAGAAUUAGAAAGGUGGAUAGGAAAACCUUCUAGCAUUCCGAAAAACACCAGUUUGGACCAAAACAAAACCAACAACAUCAAAAAAUCCCGUCCCAGAAAGAAGAAAUAUCGACUAGAGAAUUCCCUAACUUCGUACAAACGAUACAGGUACAAAGACGGCCGAGAGAUGGAAGCACCGACGCCGAACGAAUUGCAAGUGUUCUCAGUUCGACCCGAUCACAUCUAUUCGGAAUUCUUCGAGGCGAUUAACAAGCAAGACGACACUUUCUACGUGGUUUCGUUCACCGAUCAGCAUCUCCUUCUACCCGCUUUGCACCACAACAAAACCAGACGGCCCAAAAUGUCGCUCAUCAUGCCCUCUAUAAUGCCCAACGCAGAAACCGUAUCGAAGGCGUCUAUGAUACCGUUGAUGCAGAUCGAUUGCGAAGUAUUGGACACGAGACUGUUGCACAUCAAGCACGGUUCGAUACCGAUGAACUUCCGGACGUUCGGUAACGCCACGAAGAAAGAGGCCCCCGAGGCCUCGGAGGUGGGCAAUAACACGGACAAGAGGAACUACUACAAGAGCAACUACAAGCCGUACUUCGUGAAGCCCUCCAAGGGGAUAUUUAAAUUGAAUUGAAUCGAAUCGAUUCGAAUUUGUGACAGUUUGUGAUCUCAAAAUGACUAUCGCUUGAAUGCGAAUCGAACUGAACUAGUACCUGGUUUUUGUAUGGCAAUAUUGUAGGGGUCGCUGUAGAGGGGGUGUUUAUUGAGUACUGUAUCCGUAGGUUUCAAAUUGUUGCGUGUUAAAUUCUAGUUGGUAGUAUUUUAUAUGUAAAAACUAAAUGAUCGAUACACGGUUGUGCUUUCACUAUUUUCAUUUAUAUUGCGUUUCACUUCAGUUUGCAAUAUGGUCUCUAUGAGUUGAACAAAGAAAGAUUACUAAAAUGACAGCUGUCAGAGUGACAAGUUGCAAUGAUACAAUAUCACUAUCUUUUUCCUUUACAAGUGUCUAAUGGAAGUUGUCUCUAUCGCACCCGUACCUUAUAUAACCUAUAUUGCGAACUAAAAUGAACCAACCUGUAUAUAUACAGCGUGUCUCUGCAAGAGGGUGCGUUAGAAGUGUAUGUAAAGUACCAAUGAAACCAAAGGAAUGUAAUUAUUCAACCAAGCACCAAUAUACGAGGGUAGGGCUAAAAGUUCUCGGCCUGAUAGAAUGCUCCAAAACAAUCUAGAAUGCUCCAGAAUCAUUUAAAACUGUCUAGAACCAUUUAGAAUGCUCCAGAAUCAUUUAGAAGUGUCUAGAAUAAAAGAUUUUGCCUUAAUAAGAAGAAUUGCAUGUAAUUUUUAAACUGAAAAUCUGGCCGAGAACUUUUCACCUUACCCCCGUAGACUUUUUCGUACACUUCUAACGGGCCGUCAUCGUGACACGCCCUGUAUAUCGUUUACACACUUAAUUAAUGUAACAUAAUCACCUAAUUUCGGUACAAAUAUGAAUAGAUUUUCUUUAUAUUAUAUUUAUUAGCGAAUAGUACACGUCUAAAUAAAAUUUUUAUUACCUA